CGCAAUGGUCCGUAAUUGUUUAUUUUUGUUUACGAGUCAAGCAGUUAAAAUCAUGUCGGUGAUUGAAACCAGCAAAAUCAUUGAGUUAUCUGAAUGUAACCUUGAAACUAAAACAUUGCUUACUGGAACGUUAUUAAAAUGGAUGGAUGUUAUUGCUUGUCUUUCAGCUGAAAAGCAAGCAAAUGUGCCAUGUGUUACAGCAUCCGUAGAUGACCUUCAAUUGAUGAAAUCAAUAAGUUUGGGUCAAGUAUUGCUGUUGAAGGCCUGGAUUAACCGGUCAUUUAAUACAAGCAUGGAGGUUGAGGUGUCUGUUAAGACUGAAGACACAACUACAAUGGAACAGAAACACAUUUGCCAAGCGUUCUUCACUUUUGUGACGCAACCAGAUGAAAAUGGCAAAAAGCAACUUGUUAAACCAGUUUUACCAGAGAGUAAAAAAGAGAAGACACAGUUUAGAUUGGCAAAUGAAAGAAAGAAAAUGAGAUUGGAGUACAGAGCAUCUCUUAAACGACUGGAUGAAUCUUUUGAUGAUGGAGGUUUUUCGUUUGAUGAAGAUGUUUUUGAGGAUGCUGAAAGUGUCGAUGCUGCUACAACCGCUUGUACUUGUGUUGAAAUUGUUUUGCCACAACAUGCUAAUCAUCAUCAAACAACCUUUGGUGGACAGUUAAUGGCUUGGAUGGAAUCGGCAGGAACGAUCUCUGCGAGGAGAAUGUGUCACUCACUACCACGUCUUGUUGCUGUCGAUGAAGUAUUUUUCAGAGCACCAUCAAAAGUUGGAGAUCGAAUUGUUAUUAAGUCUAGCGUAAAUAAUACAUUUGAUAAAAGCAUGGAAGUUGGAGUGCGUGUAGAAGCCUAUGCUGUUGGAGGUGAAACCAGACACAUUCAAAGUGCAUACUUUACUUUUAUCGCUCCUGACGGAACCGGAAACCCGAUGCAGUUACCGAAAAUUGCCGCUUCAUCAAAGAAACAUUUGCAACGCAUGAUGAGAGCAGAAGAAAGAGUUCGUUUGCGAACAGAAAGGAGAAGCAUCUUACGUUCAGUUGAACCACUCGCUUCAGUCCCUCUUAAUGAACAUAACCAGAAAAUUCUGAGUUAUAAGAACAUUUUAGCUCUGAUGGAACUAUACAACUCGCCUGGAUUUAAGUUAAAAGUUCAAACUGAUGAAAUUCGGUUAUAUCAAUGUAAACUUGAAGGCAGGCUGUGUAUUCGAAUUGAAUGCGAAAUAGAUGUCCCUCCUGCCACGGUGUAUAAAGUUCUUUCCGAUCACAAAAAGAGAACAAUUUGGGAUAUGGCUGUCACUAAAGUUUCGAUAGCGCGCAUAAUUCGUGAAGAUGAAGACUGCGUCCUACAUUACGCCAUGCAAAAUUUGUCACCACGAGAGAAUGUAAAAGGUGAUGAUUUUGUUGUGCUCGCAUCGACGAGAAAAGAUAUAAGGGAAUUACAUACUAUAGCUUACAGAUCAGUAACAGUAGCAGAUUUGCCUCCAUUACCCGAAUAUAACAGAGCACAGACUCGAUGUUCUGGCUUUGUAUUGGAAGCAGUGAAUAAUACGAUUACUACAAACGGCUGUAAGAUCAUCUACUUAAACCAAGUAACGGACCACGUGUAUCAGUAUAUUAAAAAUGAUUUGGAAGGUGCUACCCAUACUCUUGCGAAGCGAGCAAUUGCGAUAAAAGAACUUGUUAAACAGUCAGUUCCUUAAACAUGUUCCCCAAAUUUUCAGUGAAAAUUAUGCAACACUUGAGAUCAAAAUUUGUACCAGAUAUCUGAGGGCGUUGUUAUGAAUUGUCGGACUUUAUAUUUGCACAUAUUUGAACGCUGUAAUUAGAAUCACCUAUACGUGUAAUUAAUUUUUAAACACUGACUUUACUCCAGGAAUAUCAACAACGCCUGAGAUUACUAAAUACAUGAAAAAGAAUUUUCCUGACAAUCAGGAAAUACAUCGUUUACGCCCCGCUUUUAGUUUCACACAUGGGUUCUAUCCGAGAAAUUCUCACUAACAAGAAUUGUAAAUGCAGUAAAAAGAUGCUUCCAAAGUCUUUUGUAUAUUUGAAGGUAAUGUUUAAGAUCAAUUAGCAAGAAUAAAUACAUAGCUUCUUAUGAGAAAAGAUUUGUGGUUUAAGCACUGAGUAAAUUUGUGCGAAUUUUAACAUUAAUUGUCAGCAUUCUUGGAGUGAGGUGCAUGUAGAAAGAAAUGUUUAAUACAUCUGGCAAUAAUUUUAUUAAGAUUUUUUGUUAUAUUUGUACAUAAUUUAAAUCGCAUAAUUUUAUUAAAUCAGUUUACUUUUUAGCAAAAAUUAUUCAUUUAACAACUGUCAUUGUUCAAAAAAGCUGUAAAUAAAAAUCGAAGAUAUUUUAAGUUGCGGAAUUUCAAAAUCACAAAACUAAAUCUUGCAAAAAUAGACGAAAGUUUGAUUAAUUGCAUAAACGUCCCGAUUUUUUUUAAGGAAAUACUAAAAAAAUAUUUUAGCUUCUUGAAGACAAUGAGCAAACGGUUGCGGUUUAAAGUCAAAUUUACUUUUCGCAUAAAACAUACGAUUUAAAUUGAACAUUUUA